CACAUGCCUGGAUGUUCUACGAUCCUGGGGACGAGAUGAAGAACAUUUUUAACCGGUACAACGACAUCGCAGUCAACUUUACCGUCCUUUCUUUGCUUCCAUACAACACUUCACUCAUACCUAAAAGUAAAGGUCACAAUUAUGACCUUGCCUUAGCGAAAGACUCCCUCCAGCUGGUGACCUCAUUAACGAGCAUCAUUCAGGAAAGUGCAAGCAAAGCAAGCAUCACACUCACAGACAAAAGCUACCGAAACCAGCUCAAUCUGGCUAUUAGAAAUAAUGAAGAGACGGGCUUGACGGGGUACCUCGAGUUUAACGAGCACGGCAGACGACAGAACUACAGCCUUACUCUAACCACCAUCACCGGCAGUCACACGUACUUAAGAGGCUACUGGUAUUCCCUCCCGUACGUUCUCAACAAACGUCUGACAUUGUUCGACGAGAAACAUCCGCGCAACAGAACAUCCCCGUUCCCUCUACGUGGACGUGUUGCCAAAGUUGUCAUGAUUCAGGAGAGACCAUUUACAAUGCUGAAGAGGGACCACAUGCUCAAACGUGGCAAUGCAAAGUAUGAAGGUUUUGCUGUGGAUUUGAUACGCGAAGUGGCCCAAAUGCUGGAAUUUGAUUACGAGAUUUAUCUGGUGAAUGAUGGAAAGUUUGGGAAUAAGAUGCCCAACGGCGAGUGGAACGGCAUGAUCGGAGAACUGCUAGCAGGGAAUGCCACAAUGUCAGUUGCUCCCCUUUCCAUCAACGCUCAAAGAGAAGAGGCGGUGGACUUCACCAAACCGUUCAAGACUCGUUACAUCUCCGUGCUCAUGCGUAUUCCCCGCAGGGACAGGUCUUACUUCGAGUUCCUCAACCCUCUUUCUCCCAUCGUCUGGAUUUGCACAUUAGGUGCCUUUGUUAUCGUCAGUAUAAUUUUGUACACACUGGAGAGGAUUGGGAGAGGAAAAGACAAAGGCGGGACGGAUGCUUUACAAAUAACUGUACGGGAGUCCUUCUGGUUUAUAUUUGGAUCUCUUCUACAAGGCAACACUGACUCCACCCCGUGCACCAUCCCUGGACGUAUACUGACCAGUGCUUGGUGGUUCUUCGCACUCAUCCUCAUCUCUUCCUACACGGCCAACUUGGCAGCUUUUCUCACCGUCAAGAAAAUCAACACACCCAUUAACUCAGUGACAGAUCUAGCACAGCAGACAAAAAUCAAGUACGGCACCGUCAAAGAUAGUGGAGUAAUGUCGUUCUUCAAGAACACGAACAUCGAGCACUUCACCAAGAUGUGGGCACAGAUGUCCGAGCUCGACCCGGACUCUAUGGUGGACAACACUACAGAAGGAUUUAAAAAGGUCAAAGAUGAAGACUAUGCCUUUUUCUGGGACACAACAGUCAACAAGUACCAGACAAUCAUGGACUGUAACAUGAUGGAAAUCGGCCCGGCCUUCGACCCCAAAGGUUUCGGUAUCGGCGUUCCCCCUGGUGCCACCUACAGGGAGGAGCUGUCCAUGGCCAUCUUACAGCUCAGUGACAGAGGACGGCUGCACGAGAUAGAGACAAAAUGGUGGGACAGCCAGUGUCCGGAAAUCUCCAAGGUGUCGACAGACGAGACGUCGGAGCUCCAGAUAGAGAAUGUCGCAGGUGUUUUCUUCAUCCUAGUGGGGGGUAUCAUAGUCGCUGCCAUUGUGUGCCUGGGCGAGUACUUCGCCAACGCCUUGAUCAACGCCUCCAAGAUGACAAGGAGUGGUCAAACGAUGAACGAUAGAACCAGGCCCAAGAAUGUUUCUAGCACGCUCCAUGAUCCAGCUGAGAAAGACAGCUUUAUAUGAGACUCGUUUCUGUCGCUGCAUGAGGCAUGCAUUGG